CUCCGAGAUUCCUGUAAACCUGUUACCUAACAAGGUCAGCGUCACUUAGCUGUUCUCACCCUCUAAUGGGAACACUGGCCAGGGAUUAAAGCCCAGACCGCCAUCCCCAGGAAGACGUCGGGGGCCUCCAACUGGGAACCCUCCACACUCUCUUCAAGUGACUCAACAGCAGCACCAACAGUCGCAAUGAAAAUUCUAAUCUCUUUCCUCCUUCUGUUGCUGCCACUAAUGCUGAUGCCUGUGGUCACUAGCAGCCCAAAUCCAGGGGUCGCCAGAGGCCAUCGGGACGAUCGCCAGGCUCCUAAGAGGUGGCUCCCCGAAGAAGGCCAAGAAUGUAAGUGCAAAGACUGGUUCCUGAGAGCCCCUAAAAGAAAAAUCAUGACAGUGCCUGAGAUGCCAAAGAAGCAGUGUCCCUGUGAUCAGUACAAGGCCCGUGUGAAGAAAACCAGGCACCAAAGGCACCACAGGAAGCCAAACAAGCACUCCAGAGCCUGCCAGGAAUUUCUCAAACAAUGUCAGCUAGCAAGCUUUGCUCUGCCAUUGUAGGACCUCUGAGGGCUCGCUCUCCCAAUGAAACAUUCUCAGUCAAGAUGAUAGUGAGCACACCUAGAGGAUGUUCUUCUCUCACUUCUAGCUCACCCUCCGUGUCCCCUCUCCAGUGUUCUCACAAAGCAUUUUCCCCGAGAUUAUUGCUCCCUCUGGUGCCCUCUUCUCUUGUCAGUCUUUUCCUGUGCCCUGCUCUCUCUCCCCUUUCCCGGGCUUAAGCUUAAUUACCUGAAAGAAACCUGGAAACCCUGGCUUCUUAACUGGUCCCAAAUGACCUUAAAUAUAACCAGGCAAGUAGCAAGCAGAAGUCAAUAAAUAUUUUUAAAUGUAAUAAGUCAAAAUCAUUUCUUUCAAAUGGGGUCUGGCAACUCAUUCAAUCCCCACUCUAGCCUGUUUACUGCAAAUUCUACCCAGAUUCUACACACACUUCUCCCCACCCCCAGCCUCACUCUUCCUCUCCACUGCCCAAUUUUUUAAUGCUUUUACCCAUUUAACAAACCUUUUUGAGGUAAGAGCUAAGUGGGGCAAAGAAAGCAGGUAUAGCAACGAAUCCGACAUGAUCUUACUAAAGACAAUGUAGGUUAAAGAAAAACAAAAAAACCCUGGCACAGCCUCCCAACACAUAAAAUGCCUUCAAUAUUUAUGAUUCUUCUUAUCAUCAUCAUUAUCGUUAAUGGUCGUUGCACUCUGUGAGUUUCCAAUCUAGUACAGAAAACACAUGUUCAUGGGCGCCUGGGUGGCUCAGUUGUUAAGCGUCUGCCUUUGGCUCGGGUCGUGAUUCCAGGGUCCUGGGAUCGAGCCCUGCAUCGGGCUCUCUGCUAGGCAGGAAGCCUGCUUCUCCCUCUCCUACUCCCCCUUCUGUGUUUCCUCUCUCGCUGUCUCUCUUUGUCAAAUAAAUAAAAUCUUUAAAAAAAAGAAAGAAAGAAAAGGAAACACAUAUUCAUAACCACAGUUCAAGGCUAGAGAGAUGGUGUGGAAGAUCUCAAAUGCCACUGAAAAGGGCUUCAAGCUGUAAAAAUGGGAGGGUGUCAUUUUUUUAACAUGGAAAUAAAAUGAUCAAAGCAAUAAUAUAAGGAUAUUAAACUGGCAGCCAUUUGAAAGGAUGAAUAAAGAGGAAAAGAUUAUUAAAACAUAU